AUGGCUCUCUACAAGGAAAUCACGAAGGAGAGGUAUGUUUGCGAACGAACAAGUCAAAAUAACGAACAACAGCAACAGCAUCAACGAACACAUAUUGAUAGUAGCAUGAUGGUAGCAAGUAACGGAUCUUCAGUAAUAAACGGUAAUGUUAUUGGUGGACAUAUGAUAACAUUAAAUAUUCAUGUUCCACAUGAUAAUAUUAUUCAACCUAUGCAAUUCGAUGUUCAAAUGUUAGUUGGAGAUGUAUGCCGUAGUAUUCAAGGACAUUUACCAAUUACAAUCAAUCACGAUCCAUCAGAAUUCGGACUUUUUGUAAAUGAUGUACAACAUCCAUCAAGAAGUUAUUGGCUCGACUCAUCGAGACCAUUGAAUUACUAUGCUUUAAAAACAGGCGAUAAUGUUGACUAUAGAAAUAAAUAUCGAACAUUGAAAAUUCGUUUAUUAGAUGGUACGAUUAGAACGAUUUUGGUCGAUGAUUCAUUAAUUGUAGCUCAAUUAAUGGUCUAUAUUUGUACGAAAUUUGGUAUUGCAAAUUAUGAUGAAUAUUCUAUUGUUUAUGAUCUUGAUGCUGAUGAUGCUAGUAGUGUUAAAACAGCAACUCUUCGUCGAGAACGAUCUCUUCAACGAACGGAUAAAAAAAUGGAAGAAUUAAGAAAAAAAUGUCAUACAGAUGAUGAUACUGUCUGGCUUGACCACUCGAAAACACUUCGUCAACAAGAUAUUCAUGAACAAUCAACAGUUAUUUUACGACGAAAAUAUUUCUGUUCUGAUACAAAUAUUGAUCAGCGAGAUCCUGUUCAAUUAAAUUUACUUUAUGUUCAAUGUCGAAAUGGAAUUAUCGAUGGAACACAUCCAGUUACAUAUGAUGAGGCUAUUCAAUUUGCUGGCUUGCAAUGUCAAAUACAAUUUGGUGAUUAUCAAGAAUCAAAACAUAAACCAAGUAUCCUUGAUUGUUGUAAUAAAUGUUCGUCGAAUGAAACUUAUUAUCGAUUGGAUUUGUGUGUUCGAGAAUUUUUACCAAAAGAAUAUACAAAAACAAAAGGUGUUGAAAAGAGAAUAUUUCAACAACAUAAAAAAUAUCAGGGUGCAUCAGAACUUGAUGCUAAAUUAAAAUAUACGCAAUUAUGUCGAUCAUUACGAACAUAUGGUGUAACUUUUUUCCUCGUUAAAGAAAAAAUGUCGGGCAAAAAUAAACUUGUUCCACGUCUGCUGGGUGUCACAAAAGAAUCUAUUGUUCGAGUUGAUGAACGAACAAAAGAUUUUCUUGAAGUAUGGCCUUUAACCCAUGUGAAACGAUGGACAGCAUCGCCCAAUACGUUUACGCUUGAUUUUGGAGACUAUGCUACUGCUUACUAUUCAGUACAGACACAUGAAGGUCAACAGAUAUCUCAAUUAAUUGCUGGAUAUAUUGAUAUUAUCUUGAAAAAGAAAAAAGACCAAGACAUUGCUAUGCGUGAGGGUAUGGCUGAUGAAGAAGCAACAUUGAUUGAAGAUACUAUCUCACCGGGAAAAGCGACUAUUAUUCAACCUAACUGUCCAUCAUUUGGUUAUGUUCAUCAACAAAAUGUUUAUUCACCACCAUUGAUGCGUGGAACAUAUUCGGAUGGCACCGGUCAUUCUCAAUAUCAACAUUAUGGACCAGAAUAUUAUCCCAGUCAACCAUAUCCCAUGUAUUCUGAUCAGGAACAAGAAGAAUAUUUUAGUUCACAAAUACAUGAACAACCACCAUUAUCAACUAUUUUACAUAGUGGUACGAGUGGUACAGUCUUAUAUUCAUCAAUUGAAAAUGCUCGCAAUACAGUUAAUUCUGCUCAAUCUCAAUUAGCACAUGAAUUGCAAAUGGAAUAUGCUCAACCUCCGUUGUCAUCUUUAAUUGAUACUCAACAAGAAUACUCAAUUGAAGAUCGUCUUGAUGUCAGUCAUCAAUUGUUAACCAGUGAACUAUCAGCGAUAAAUGCUUCGACAGCACAAAUUGUUAUAUUAACAUCUGAUAUCAAUACUAAUCAACAAACCAAUCGUCGUAAUUCCGACUAUAAUCAUUCACUUGGUGCAGCUAUCUCAACAAUAACAAAUAAUUUAAAUGAGUUUUGUAAAGAAAUGGAUGUUUAUACAAAUUUAAUCAAUGAUCAAACAAAUUUGAUGGAACAAACAAAUCGUUUAUGUUCAAUAUUUAAUGAUUUAUUAACACAUAUUGAAGCAUUAUCCGACAAUAAUUUCGAUCCAUCCAUAAGACAAAAUAUAUUAUUAACCGCUAGUCGUCUAGGUGAAAUAAGUCAAGAUCUUGUUCGUCGUUUAGCUAAUGAAAUAACAACAAACUAUUUUGAUUCUUCAAUUGAAUAUCAAGAAAAAUUAUUAUUAUUAGCAAAAUUAGUUGCAAAUACAACAGCAGCAUAUGUACUCAAAGCUAAAGAUAUUGCAACUAAUGUACAAGAACAAAAUACUGUUAAUAAUAUUAUUUCAACAGCUACACAAUGUGCUUUAGCUACAUCUCAAUUAGUUGCAUGUACUAAAGUUGUCGCUGCAACUAUAUCAAGUUCUUUGUGUCAAGAACAACUAAUAGAAUCUGCUCGUAGUGUAACACGUUCAAUUGAAUGUGUUCUUCAAUCGUGUACACCACCGUUAAUUAACGAUGAAUUAUAUUCGAAAUUAACCGAAGCUGCAACAACAGUUCGUAAAAGUCUCAACGAAUUUUUACUUCAUAUCAAAUUAGUAACCGAUAGUACGGCUGCGAAUUCCGAUGGUCUAUAUCCUUCUUAUACGAAUGAUACAAAACUUAUUGAAGCAGAUGGACUAACAAAUAAAACAACAACAACAACAACAACAACUAUUACGCGUCGAAUAAUUGCCAAUGAUGAAAUUGAAGAAGAAGACGAAGAAAUUGAUGAAGAAAUUCUUGAUAUUGUUAAACAUCAUGAUCAAUCCAUUGAUAAAAUUUUAACAACAAGCGAUCGACUAUUUUCAUCGGUUGGUGAUGCUGUUGAAAUGGUUAAACAAGCGAAAAUUUUAGCACAAGCAACAGCCCAACUUGUUUCAUCAUUGAGACAACAGGCUGAAUUGGCUGGUGAUGAUACAAAUCAACAAAAGAAAUUAUUAUCAGCAGCAAAACUGCUUGCUGAUGCAACCGCUAAAAUGGUUGAAUCAGCCAAAGGCUGCGCAAUGAAACCCAAUGAUACUGAACUUCAAUAUCAAUUGAAAAAAGCUGCUGAAGAACUUCGAUCCGCUACAAAUAUUGCAACAAGUAAUAGUAUAAAACGACGAGUACUUAAACGUGUUGAACAAUGUGCCAAACAGUGUGCAGCAUGCGCAACACAAUGCAUCGCUGCAACGUCAGGUUCGGCAACAACAAAUAAAAAUCAACAAUCUCAUCAACAACUUGUUGAACAAUGUAAAGUUGUUGCUGAUCUUAUACCAAAAGUCGUUCAGGGUAUUCGUGGUUGUAUGGUUAAACCGGAUUCAUUUUCAUCUCAAGCGAAUCUAUUAUAUGCAUGUGACGAUUUUAUUGGUCCAGCAACACGUUUAGCUAAUUUGGCUAAAGCAUCUGUGCCAACAGUUCAUGAUCAAUCACAAGCACUUCAUUUAAAUAAUAGUUCAAAACAAUUAACACAAUCAUUAAUUGAUCUACGUGCCUGUGUUGCACGAGCUCAAGAAUUAUGUGGUUCAAUGCCACUUGAUGUUGAAUCAAUUGUUGAAUCAAUUCAAAUACUCGAUAGAGAAUUAGAAGAAACAAAACGGCAAGCAAAAGAUGGACAUCUACGUGCUAAACCUGAUGAAACAAUUGAUACAUCAUCCGCUCAAUUAUGUUCCGUUUGUAAACACGUUAAUACAAUCAUAUCUCAACUACUAAGCGCUGUUACUCAAAAUGAUGAAAAAACUGUUGAAUCAUGCACACGCGAAAUUCUUCAAACACUUCGUAAAUUAACAAAUUCAACUCGUGGCAUAGCUGCUACAUCGAAUGAUCAUCAAACUCGAGAAUCGAUUAUUGAACGUUCACAUGAAGUUCUUGAACGUUCAACACGUCUUGUUCGUGAAGCUAAAAAAGCAAUACAUACACCAAACGAUCUUGAAAUACAGAAUAAACUUGCUGAAAUAGCACGUGAAGUAUCAUCUGCAUUAAGUGCAUGUAUUUCAAGUAUGCCAUCUCAACGUUAUCUCGAUGACGCUAUUAAACAAGUGUCAGAAUAUGUCUAUAUAUUGGGUGGUCCAUUUGACAAGAAUAAAGUUCAAACCACCAUUAACUUGGAAACAAAACAAAAUGAAAUAACAAAUACUGCAGCUAAUCUUAAUCAAGCUACGACCGAUUUAGUUAUUAGUACGCGUUCAGGUUUAACACAAGAUUUAGCUAAAACAACAACACGUUUUACACGUACUUUUGGAGAAUUUAUUAAUAGUGGCGUCGAAUUAGCUAAUCAUCAACCGGAAGAUGAAAAACGUACAAAUUUUAUAAUAUCAUUAAAAAAUGUUCAUGCAUCAUCAAAUCAGUUAUUAGAAAAAGCUAAAUCAAUAUCUGUUGAACCGAGAGCAACAAUAACAAGUGAAAAUAAUCAACAGUUAACAAACGCAGCUAGAGUUGUUACAGAUAAUAUUAAUCAUGUUAUAACUGUAUGUGUGACAUCGAAACCAAAAUCCGAAACAUCCAUUGGUCGUCUUGAAUGUGAUAAUGCUAUACGUGAAAUGGAAGCAUCAAAAACAUUUUUACAACAAUGCAUUUUACAACCAUCGAAUAAAUAUACAUAUUAUGAAGCGCUGGAUCAUGUUAUUGAUAAUUCCAAACGAUUAGGUGAAGCUAUGACACAUAUAGCUAGUGCAUCGAAAAAUACGAAUCAUCAAUUAUUUUCACAAGCUGUACAAGAUGCAUCAAAAGCUGUUUGUUCUUUAGCAGAAUCAUCAGCACAAGCUAGUUAUCUUAUUGGAAUUUCUGAAGCAACAUCAACUAAAGGAUCUUCAGCCAUUGUUGAUCAGCCGUUAUUUACUCGUUCAGUUACAAUUAUUCGACAUGCAUGCGCAGAUUUAUCGAAUACAAAUAUUGAUCGGAAAGAAAUUCUACCGUUAGCAACGAAAAUCGCGAAAAACACUUCUGUUUUAUGCAAUGCAGCACGCGAUGCAUCAUCGAAUACAACAAAUCCAAUAGCUCGACGACGUUUUGUUGAGUCAGCUAAAGAUGUUGCAAAUGGUACAGCUGAACUUGUUCGAACUAUAAAAGUAUUAGAUAGUUCAUAUACACCAGAAAAUCAUCGUCGAUGCAUUGAAACAAGUCGUCCAUUACUUCAAUCUAUCGAUGAACUCUAUACAUAUGCUAUGUCACGAGAGUUUGCUAGUGUACCAGCAUUAAUUAGUUCUACAGGACGUCAAUUACAAGAACCUGUUUUAGCAGCCGCACGACAGGUUGUUGAUGGCGCAUGUCGUAUCGUUGAUUGUUCGAAAAAUUUAAUAGUUAACGCAAAAGAACCAGCACAAUGGCAACAACUUGCUGGACAUACAAAGAAUGUGUCAGAGUCAAUUAAACGUUUAGCAACAUCAGUGAAAGAAAUGGCACCUGGACAACGUGAAUGUGAUCAUGCCAUUCAAGAACUUCGCACAUUAUACUCAGAAGUUGAUAAAGCUUUUACAAAUGUUGAAACACUACGUAAAACGGAUAAAUCUCUUCAGUUUCAUCAAGAACAAAUUUCUUCGACUGCUCAUUUUAUAUCUGAAUUAACUCUCGAUAUUCGUCAAUCAACGAAACGUGAUGCUGAACGUAUUGGUUCCUAUGUUACUCAAUUUGUUACUUAUAUCGAACCAUUUGUGCAUCAUACAAUCGACUAUGUUUCAUGUAUGAUUCAUAAACGAGAAAAAUGUCUUAUUUUAGACCAAGUUAAAUCCAUUGUUGAAACAAGUUUACAAUUAAUUAUCGGUACAAAAGAAUCAGGCGGAAAUAUAAAAAAUACUCAAUGGCAUAAAGUAGUUGAUGAUAAUAGUGAAUUAUUAACAAAAUCAAUUCACAAAUUAGUGCAUACACUUGAAGAUCAAUCAUCGUCAAUUGGUAUAAUGAGUGGUUUAAGUGAAAAUAUUCGUACAUUAAUAUCAACAUUAGAUACGACUAUGUUAGCAAAUCAAGGUCAUUUUUCUGAUUAUCAAACGUGUAUGGUUGAAAUUCUAAGACAAAUGGCACGAACAACGCAAGACAUUUUAACGCAAACGAGUCAUACAGAAAACAUUCGCCAUUUAGCUAAUCAAUUAACACGAGAAUAUAAUGAAUUAAUCAAUGCAACAUAUGGUGCGAUUGGUACAGCAGUAACGAAUGAUUUAGCAACACGUAUUAAAAGUGUUGUAGCCGAUUUAGGCUUAACAUGCAUUGAAUUAAUUGAAAAAUUAGGUUUAUAUCAACAAAAUAAUCAUGAUUAUAAUUUGAAACAUACGGUAGAAAAUUUAUGUCAAAAAGUUAUCGAAAAAAUUUCAUAUGUAUUGGCUGCUUUACAAACAAGUGCACGUGGAACACAAGCUUGUAUUAAUGCUGCAAGUACAGUUAGUGGAAUUAUUGCUGAUCUAGAUACAACAAUAUUAUUUGCUACUGCUGGCACAUUAAAUGCUGAGCAAGAUGGUGAAACAUUUGCUGAUCAUCGUGAAGCUAUUCUAAAGACGGCGAAAGCACUUGUUGAAGAUACAAAAACAUUAGUAGCUGGCGCAGCAUCAUCACAAGAACAAUUAGCGUCAGCAGCUCAAGCAGCUGUACGAACGAUUACUAAGCUUGCUGAAGUUGUGAAGUUGGGUGCAGCAUCGUUAGGUGCUGACGAUGGCGAAGCUCAAGUUAUGCUUAUCAAUAGUGUUAAAGACGUCGCUUUAGCACUAAAUAAUUUAAUUAGUGUGACUAAAUCUGCUAGUGGUAAAAGUAUCGAUGAUCCUGAAAUGCAAAAAUUAAAAGAAAGUGCUAAAAUUAUGGUGACAAAUGUUACAUCAUUAUUGCGUACGGUAAAGUCCGUUGAAGAUGAAGCUCAACGUGGAACCAAUGCACUUGAGGCAACUAUUGAAUCAAUUGCGCAAGAACUUCGAUUAUUUAAUAAUGGGCAAAUACCAACAAAUCAAACAACACCUGAAGAAUUAAUUCGUGUUACAAAACAAAUUACUAUGGCAACCGCUAAGGCAGUAGCAGCAGGCCAAUCGUGUCGACAAGAUGAUAUUAUAGCUGCAGCUAAUUUAGGCCGUAAAUCGGUAUCAGACUUUUUAUUUGUUUGUAAAUCAAGUGCAUACAUAACCGAUGAUAAAAUAUUGCAACAACGUACAUUAGAUAGUGGACGAUUAUGUAUUAAAUAUUACAAAGAAUUAUUAGAAACAAUACAUAUAUUAAUACAAAAAUCAUCGAAUGAAACAAAACAAAAAUUACUUAAUUAUUCACGAAUGAUUGCUCAAUCAACACAAGAACUUGUUCAAUGUGCGAAACAACUGAAAGGUGCUGAUUUUAUUGAUCCAGAUGAUCCAACAUAUAUUGCUGAAAAUGAAUUAUUUAAUGCUGCUCAAUCAAUCGAAGCGGCGGCGAAAAAAUUAUCAGCUCUUAAGCCACGUCGUAAACCUAAGGAAAUAGAUGAAAAUCUUAAUUUUGACGAGCAAAUACUUGAAGCAGCUAAAUCAAUAACGAAUGCAGCUGGUGCAUUAAUUAGUGCAGCAACAUCAGCACAAAAAGAAAUUGCUUCACAAGUAAAACUUUCAAAAUCAGCUUCUGAAGAAGAUGGCCAAUGGUCUCAAGGAUUAAUAUCAGCGGCACGUUACGUUGCAUCUGCAUGUCAUGUAUUGUGUGAUGCUGCAAAUGGACUUGUUCAUGGUUAUGGUACAGAAGAAAAAUUAAUAUCAAGUGCUAAACAAGUUAGUUCAAAUACAGCAGCAUUACUUGUUUCUUGUAAAGUGAAAGCCGACUUUAUGAGUCAAUCAAUGGCACGUUUACAAACAGCUGGUAACGCUGUAAAACGUGCCGCUGAUGCUCUCGUACGAUCUGCUCAACGUGCUGUUGAAAUGCAACAUGAAGAUAAAUAUUUUGAAGUCUCAUUACGUGUUGUACCGGGUAUUGCACAAGAAAUCAAAUGUAAAGAAGCUAUUUUAACCAAAGAACGUGAAUUAGAUGAAGCACGCAAUCGUCUUAAAGCCAUACGCUUAGCUAAAUAUGGCCAUAAUGAACAAGAUUCGAAUGAAAGUACAUAA